AUGGCACUGAUGAGACCAGUAUUUUGCACACAGUGCUCAUCAAAAACAAGUUGUCUAAACGGUUCAUUAAUAGAGAACUUGGCAGUUUCUCAGACACCUGUGGUGUUCAAACAUCCAGAUCUGAAGUCACAUCCAAACAUAUUCAAUAUGAGGCCUAUGUCACUGGUAUACUGUACUUCACCACAAGCUCCUCAUUGCAGGUGCCCAUGCAUACAUAGUUGUGUCCGUUGCAUGGUGUCAAGCACAAACCCGUAA